AGCAAAUCAUGGCGGAAGAUCAAGAAUAUGGUGCACUGGUCCCCAUUUGUGAUGUCUUUCAAGAAGAAGUACCCUUGGAUCCAGCUAGCAGGACACGCAGGUAGUUUCAAGGCAGCGGCCAACGGCAGGAUACUGAAGAAGCACUGUGAAUCGGAGCAGCGCUGCCUCGACCGCCUGAUGAACGAUGUCCUGAAGCCCUAUGUUCCUGCCUACCACGGCGACGUUGUGAAGGACGGGGAGCGAUACAACCAGAUGGAAGAUCUGCUGGCUGAAUUUGACUCCCCCUGUGUUAUGGACUGUAAAAUGGGGGUCAGGACGUACUUGGAGGAGGAGCUGAUAAAGGCCCGGAAGAAGCCAAGUCUGAGGAAAGACAUGUACCAGAAGAUGAUCGAGGUGGACCCUGAUGCCCCCACCGAGGAGGAGAACGUGCUGCGGGCUGUAACCAAGCCCCGCUACAUGCAGUGGAGGGAGACCAUCAGCUCAACCGCCACGCUGGGCUUCAGGAUUGAGGGAAUAAAGAAAGAGGAUGGCACUGUGAACCGGGACUUCAAGAAGACGCGGACAAAGGAACAAGUCACGGAGGCCUUCAGGGAGUUCACCAGAGGAAACCGCAAUGUUUUGAACAGUUACCUUAACCGGUUGAAGGGUAUCCGUGCUACCCUGGAGACAUCCCCAUUCUUCAAGUGCCAUGAGGUAAUCGGGAGCUCCCUCCUCUUCAUUCAUGACAAGAAGGAACAGGCCAAAGUCUGGAUGAUUGACUUUGGGAAAACCACCCCGCUGCCGGAGGGACAAGUUCUCCAGCACAACGUGCCCUGGGUGGAAGGGAACAGAGAGGACGGCUACCUCUGGGGGCUGGACAACCUCAUUCAGAUCCUGACAGAGUUGUCCCAGAGCGAAGACUUGCAUUAAAGCCGCGCAUCCGACUCUGCCACUACCCCCAACCUGCCCCCAACUGACUCUUCUGAACUGCACUACAAGACACUUUCCAGCCCUCGCCCUUCCCAUUUGAAAGCUAUACUCUCCCUAUU